AUAUCUCGUGCUCUCAUAUACUCUAUAUAUACACAAUACCAUUGAAUUGGUUUGAGCAUGAAUUGAAAGAUAUAAAACCAAACUUGAGGAUUUCUUUGUAAACAACAUCUACAAUGGAGUCAACAAAGCUCUUCCUCCCACUUCUCUUCAUUUUCUACCUUCUCUCAGGGAAAGGGUUUGCUAGUCAUCACCAUCACCACCGUAGCCAUUUUCAACCAAGCAAGCUCUUCGUGUUUGGAGAUUCAUACGUCGACACGGGCAAUGUCAGUCCCUCAGAUUCAAAUUAUCCCAAAUAUCCAUAUGGAAUUACUUAUCCUGGCAAACCUGCUGGACGUUUCUCCGAUGGUCGUGUUUUGACCGAUUUCGCGGCAAAUUUAAUAGGGCUGAAAUCUCCAAUCCCAUAUAGACACUUGGAAAAGGUGGGACUUAAAGGGACAAAACAUGGUGUGAACUUUGCCUAUGGAGGAACUGGUGUGUUUAAAACUGGCUUUGAUUUGCCAACAAUGACCACUCAAAUUGACUUCCUACAAACCCUUAUUGCCAACUCCACAUUUACGCCAGACCAAAUCAAGUCCUCUUUUGCCCUUGUCUCCGUUUCUGGCAAUGACUAUUCUUAUUACCUAUCAACAAAUGGUCCUAUUCAGGGUUUCAUUCCGCUGAUCGAGAAAGUUGUGAAGCAGAUAAGUGUGAAUUUGAGAAGGAUCCAUAGUUUUGGAGUGAAGAAAAUAAGUAUAACAGCAUUAGGACCAUUGCAAUGUGUGCCUGAAAUCACAGCCCUUACUGAUUUCAAGGAAUGCAAUUCAACACUAUCUCAAUUAGUGGAUUUCCACAACUUUUUGUUAACACGAGCUGUGGAUGAGUUGAAUAAGGAAACAAAUGAUUAUCCUUUCUUUAUUCUUAAUCUCCACGAUGCAUUUUCAUCUGUUAUCCAAAACAAAGGCAACCCUCAAGGAAACAUAAAAUUUGAAAACCCAUUGAAGCCAUGUUGUAUUGGGAUAAACCCUGAAUAUAAUUGUGGAAGUGUUGACAAAGAUGGGAACAAGAAAUAUGUAUUAUGUGAUGAUCCUAAUUCAGCCUUCUUUUGGGAUGGAGUUCACCCUACUCAACAGGGAUGGUUUGCUGCCCUUACCAUCUUGCUCUCCAAAUUCAAACAACAUUUCUAAAUAUUAAUAUUAAUGUAUGCAUAGUUUAAUUAAGUGGGUCAAUAUUUUAUAUGUUCUCUACUUGCUUUAAUUUUUGGCUCACUGAAUUGUACUAUUCUAUAUCUUUAUGAAUAUAUAAUAAAGGCUUCUCUUUUAAAGUGAGAGCAUUUAUUGAAA